AUGAAACAAAUAGACGAAUUCUUGACUUUCAAAUAUGCAAUUGAACACUUGGAGAAUCAUUUAGAAACUCAUAAACAUUUCUACCCUUUCAAAUUAUCAGAGGAUGAACGAGUGAUUCUCCAAUUUAAGCAAUUGGAAACUGAGUUUAAUGAAUUUUUAGACAAUCACAUAGACGAUAUAGAGGUUGACGAGUUUUUAGAAAGUAGAAGUUUAGAAAAUGAAUUCGACAUGCCUAAGAAGACCUAUCUCAAUCUUCUUUUCCAUUUAUUUAAUUUUCAUUUAGUUAGAAGUUUUCCACAACCAACAACGAAAACCCUUAAGGCUAUUGUGUUAAUGUUUCGUAGAACUUUUACUGAAUGUUUUCGAGCAGAUAUUAGUCUAUCGGAUUCAAUCAAAAAUCCUAGAAGAAUCAAGUUCUUUGUAGACUUAUCAGAGCUAACUAUUAUGUUAAAAUUUAAACCACCAGAGCUAAUGGAAGAUCAUACAUUUAUAAAACCUAAACCGAAUUUGUCAUCUUCAUACUUACGCCGUAAUGUGUCUACUGAAUACAUUGGUUAUUUUGAACCAUCCAGCGGCUGUAUCUUAGACUCCGAAGAGAUCAUGCAUAGAAUUAAAGAGUUCCACAUUAGUAUAGAAGAACUUAAGCAUAUUGAUUUUACUGUUCCAUCGGUGUUCGUGGUAGACCAAAAUAGUAAAGCCGAUAAAGUAGAUGCUUUUCGGCUGAAUGUUCUCUCAACAUUAGAGGCAGUAUUUGAAUACCAGUUGCAUAUGUUUAAGAUCUUCAGAGAGACAACGGUAACUCUCGGAAGGAAAAUAGUAUACCCAGAUAUUACAAUCGAACUUAAACGGAAGAGUGAUUCACGACUUUAUUCAGUACCUUUUCAAAUGAAAGUCGGUGGAGUAGCAGAACAUUUUAACUCCAUGCUCAAGGAAAAGACAAAUGACAGAGUGUUUAGCGGUAUAUAUACGUUUGCUCAAUUAAUUGAAUUACUUGGCAGUCAGAGAGACUUUGGCUUUAUAUCAGACUAUGAUGAGUUGAUAUAUGUUAAAUUGAAAGAUAUUGGUGAUUUGGAACCUACAGUCGAUGAUGGAAUGGUGCUAAGAAAAUUGAACUGCGAAAUUUGUUCUCUUUCCGAGUUAGAGACGGAUUACUCAAUUACAUCAAUCCUCUUAGCAUUAAUUUAUGCAAUCAUUAGGUAUUAAAGCAUAAUGUACAAAUUUUUAUUCUGGCGCUACCGAUUGAACCCCGGCAAGAACUAUUCCUCCCAACUGUCUGUAGAAGUAUAUUAAUGCAUUGAAAGGUAAACCCUUAGGUUAGGUAUGCAUAAUACUUACUAAAUUAGAGUAUCAUGAAUAUAACCUCUUACUUUUAUGAUCCUUCUAUAAUAUUUACUCAUAUCAGCUGUCUGUAAGGUUAAAUAAACUUCAUUGAUGAAACAAAU